AUGAGCCAAGUUAUCGUCGACCACCACACGCGCGCAGAGAUCAUCCAGAUCCAACAACCCAAAGGUCCGACCUUGUUUGACACACUCUACAAUUCUUUGAUCCUUAGACACACUCUUCCUUACCUUCCCGUGUCUGGUCUUCUCAACCUCGCUGCUACCUGUCGUGAUAUUCGGUAUUUGCUUCACGAGACGCCAGGUGUCUUUCGACAUUUAGACCUUACAAGAGUCAAGACUGCGCAUUGUCAAGAUACUCAAGACAAAUCGGAGCGUAAUCUUGCGGUUUGGCACAAUGUCGACCUUUCAGACUACUUGACUGAAGAUGACUUCUACGCUGGUCCCUUGAGGGGCAUAUUCUCUACUCUACGACAACGCGACAUUCUCGUCCAUGUCCAAUCCCUAAUCCUCGACGGUCUAUCCGUCACGGCCGAGCUAUGCCACGACAUCAUCAAUGACCCCAACUACAGCGUCCGCAUGCUUUCCAUCAGAGGCGCGCAGAACCUGAAUCAUGGAAAGCUGCGCGCCGCACUAGCAUAUGCCUGUCGCAGCUCGCGCCCAGAAAACACCCCGCGCCUCAAAGCUCUGUACGUCUUUGGCGAGCACAAAGACGAAAACAAAGAUGCAGCAGACGCUUGGUGGUCUCGAAAGGGCCGCGUGCUCGAAUCUACAAAUGACAUGGAUGACUGGGCGCAGUGCAUGCAAUCUUGCCAGGGCAUUAUUUCUUUUGAUGCAGUGCUCUGCCAAGGACCGCGACACACAAACUCGUCAGCUUUUGGCAAAACAUUUGUGACACGAUCACCUUGCGUUCCAGCUGUAGCUACAUUUGCGAUCGGCGGAUAUCACCUCUUUACCCGCGAUACUCGAUACUCGGCACUCGAAAUGGCCCAACGAAAACCUCUCUCCGAGGUCCUCCCCCCUCUCAUCCUCGGUACAGCCACCUUCAACGUCCAAUACCAUCCCGACCCUACAAAAAUGCCCUAUACCGAUAUCGUAGGCCGCGCUCUCGCUCACAAUAUCCUCGCCUUCGAUACGUCUCCUUACUACGGUCCCUCCGAGAUUCUUCUCGGUGAUGCGCUACGAAAAUUGACCCCGCCACCGCCGCGCGAAGGUUACUUCAUCAUCACAAAGGCCGGUCGCAUUGCUGGAGACGAGUUUGACUAUUCUCCCGCUUGGAUCAACUACAGUGUUUGUCGCAGUCUUGAAAGAUUGGGCACGUCAUACCUUGAUCUUGUCUACACCCACGAUGUAGAGUUUGUUACGCCUGAAGAGGUUCUUGCUGCUGUUACCGAGCUUCGACGGUUGAGAGACAUGGGUCUUAUUCGAUAUGUUGGUAUUAGCGGAUACCCUGUUGAGACCCUUGCAUCGCUUGCGGAGAUGAUCUUGCGCGAGACGGGAGAACCUUUGGACGCUGUCAUGUCGUACAGCAAUUUUUGCAUACAAAACAAUAAGCUUGGAAAUCAGGCGCUACUGGAUCGAUUCAAGACUGCAGGUGUUGAUUGUUUGCCCAAUGCUAGUAUGCUCGGUAUGGGCCUUUUGACAACACGAGGUAUCGACAACAGCCCUAUGCGCGCUUGGCACCCGUCUCCCCCAGAACUACGCGAUCUGUGCGCUCAGCUUUCCACCAUUGCGCAAGAAGAGGGUGAGCAUCUAGAAGAAGUGGCUAUCCGAUGGGCUCUCGAGAAUUGGGCGCGCGUAGGCUCACAGUUUGGUACACACCUAAACCCCAGCGACACAGGUCGUCUUGGUGUUAGCGUGAUGGGUGUGUCGAGUGUGGAUGAACUUGAAGAGACGUGGGCUUUGUGGACGAGUGUGGUGGGACUUGUAGGCGAUGAGGAAGCUACACAGCGUAAAGCCAAGAUUGAAAGGAUUGUGAGAGAAAAGAUGUGGCCUACAUUGGGAAGCUGGAGGAAUCACACUUGGGAGAGUGGAGGUCCUGGGUUUGUGAAUACGAGAGCGAUAGAGGAUAUGGGAGUUGUGCCAAGAGAUGAGACUGCUAGGAGAUGGGGAUUGGUACCUGCUCUGUUGGAUAUGCCAAAGAUUUAG